AUGGCCGACGCCGACUCUCCAAACGACUUCAACCGAAUCCCCGAAACCUUGCCACGCUUCAAUGGCGCCUUUCUCGGAUUCAUCAUUCUAGCUAGCGUAUUAGCCAUCUUCUUCCUGCUUUACUUCAACAGAGUGUUCAGCUGGUCCAUAUCCAAGGGUAUCAGGGCUUGGUCAUGGCACAAACACCGAAUACACAUUGAUAUCCAGGCGUUACAAAUAUCACUCCUCGGCGGCCGCAUUUUCUUCACCGGUCUCAAAUACCAUGGAAACAACGAGGCCUUCCACAUACAGCACGGCUAUAUCACUUGGAGAUACUGGCUGCGCCGUGUCAGGGACGUGGACAUAAAAGACUCUAAGAGGAAUGAGCAUCAACUGGGAGGCGAGUCUCCCAAAAAGGGGGAAAAUAAGAAGGAGCUGCCUUGUCGUAUUACCGUCACAGUGGCUGGCCUUGAAUGGUUUGUCUACAACCGGACGCCUGUGUAUGACGGUAUUCUGGCAGGUCUGACAGGAAACAAAACUGAGGAUGCCGCAACAACAGGGACAAGCGAGGAGACGACCGCGAACUUGCGUAAUCGAGGCUCCAAGUUGUCCGAAAAGCUGGGAGAUGAGAUUCAGCCAGUACCAGUCAGCAACCACGGGGCCAAGAACACCUCCAGCACGCCUGGUGCACCGGAUUCACCCGAAUGGAACAGCCCACAGCAACGCUCUUCGACCGGUCGCUCCAGCUCUUCAGAUUUGUACACGGGCUCGAGGACGUCGGCAGAAUCUCAAUCUGACCUACCUGCCAUGCUGCAAUUGUUCCCGAUCUACAUCACUUGCCAGAAGGCAGCACUUGUGGUUGGGAAUGAAAACACGAAGGCUAUUAUGGUAGUGAAAGCCAACUCAUUGACAGGUGAAGUAAACGCAUCUGCCACCAAAGGCCCUGAUCCAUACAGGCAAGUAUUCAAGAUCAAAUUUGAUCGUCCCGUGAUUGAGAUGAAAGACAACGAGGACUACAAAGAAGACCAAGUUGUGAGAGCCAGCAAGGGCAAGCAGGAGCCCCAGGGUAGCCAUCACUUUGUCAAGGCCGGUUUCCUCAUGCGUCACAAGCGGCGUACCCUCGGAAGGCUUCGAAAUCUUGUUCCGUACUGGCGCAAAUCCGUUGAGUCCUUUUUCGUUGACUCGGGAGCCACGGCCGGGGCGACAGCAACGCACGUUCCGUCUUCGGGCCAGUGGCAAGGACUCGCUCGCUAUUUGGAUGACGACGAUCGGGAUUCAAAGACGCGAUGGUCGAACGUGGAAUAUGCAGCAGCGACAACUUUAAUCGACAGUCCAGAGGCAACCCUGACUGUAUACUGGGAUUCUCCCGCCAGGAUCACCGACGAAUUGGCCAGUCGACGGAUAAACAAAGGAAAUGCCAUUUCGAACAUUAAUGGCGCUACAUCCCCAGAAUGGGGCAUCAACCUGUCUCUCAAGGGUGGCACUGCCAACUACGGGCCGUGGGCAGAUCGCCGAAGAGCAGAUUUGCAACGGGUCUUCUUGCCGGGAUUAUCGAAAGAUGCCACGCCAGCAAAGCCCCUGCCUACGGGCGCCUUCCGUGUUUCAACACAGUUCAAGCUCUAUGUGGAGCUAGAAGAAGAAUUGACACUAAGAAUACCGACCAGAGAGACUUCCAAGAAUUGGCGAUGGAAGGGUAAAGAGCCGACUACCAAGGAUGAUCGUCCGCACCAAACCAGAAAGCAGAGGGCGAAGGCCAAGAAACACAGCAAGGGAGACGCGGCCCCCCUCCGGCCCGCCGGCUGGCUGGAUUUCAAGAUUGCUGCGAAUGCCACGAUUUCCUACUCAAUGGACUCGGUUGCUGGCACGCAUGGCUACAAGAUGGGCCUUGACCUAGAUUUACCAGGCACUGAACUCUCCAGUAGUGUCAAUCACGAGUUGCUGUGGCGUUCAGGGGCACAGCGAGUACGCUGUGAUCUUUCGACUCCGUUGAGUUGGAAUGCUCUACGGUCCUGGCACUUCAACGUCUCAGCAAACGACAUGGAAUUGUUCCUACUCAGGGAUCAUGUUUUCUUGCUCAUUGAUCUCGUUGACGACUGGGCUAGCGGCCCGCCUGCGGAGUAUCUGGUGUUCACUCCUUUCCGCUACAAUAUGAACAUCGAUCUCAGAAACUUCAAACUCUACCUAAACGUCAACGAUGGCAACAUCAUUAACAAACCUACAGAUCUGGACGACAAUGCAUAUCUCGUGCUGUCAACUCCUGUUCUCGCAUCUCAAGUCUGCAUUCCUAUCGACAAGUACCGGCCCAGCAAGAAUACAAUCCCCUUCGAUAUCAAAGCGGAGUCCUUCUCACUCGCAUUGCACGUACCCCCCUGGAACACACAAGCGUCAUUCCUUACUUCCAAGGAGGUUGGACAGGGCGAAAAUUUGACAGUCAAUGGUGGCUACACCUACAAUGCAACUACCUCGCCUGCUAACACAGACAUACUUACUCUAAACGUCUCGGGCCAAUCUCCCACGGCUACGAUACAUGGCUUCAUUAUAAGAUAUGCUUUGAAGCUGAAAGAUAACUACUUUGGAGACGACGUUCAUUUCAAAACACUGGACGAGUACCAAGAGACAUUGCAGCUAAGAGAGCGCGACCCAGAGGCGGAGGCAGCACUCCGACCACCACCGAAAAAGUCCAAUGACCUUGAUGUGGUCCUCCAUGUUCGGGUCGAUGACACACGAUUGCUGAUACCCGCAAAUCUAUGGUCUACAAAACGCAACAUCCAAGUCGAGACUGCCAGCAUCACUGCUGAUCUGCGGUUUACUAACUAUUAUAUGGAUUUGGAACUCGCUGUGAGUCCUUUGAAUCUAUCACUAGGUACUAGUGAUUCGGGAAUGGAGACACCCAUCAGUGCUACAAGUAGUACGCAACUUUUUAUCGACGGCUUAGGAAUCUAUGGUCAUCGCCUCUUUGGACUGCCGCCAACAGAGCCAACGUAUCUCUGCAAUUGGGACCUUUCUGUUGGAACUGUAACAGGCGAAUGUACAGCCGACUUCUUGGCGGCUCUUAUGCGCGGUGGUCAAGUCUUUGGGUUUGAGUUUGACGACGACGAGAACGCUUUGAUACCAUAUUCCUCCAUCGUUAUGUACGAUGUCACGUUUCUCCGUGUUGCAGUCCAGUCGGUUCGAGUUUGGCUUCAUGUGGAGGAAGCGGCAUUCUUGCUUUCUACUGAGACUAUCGACGUCAAAUUCAACGACUGGGCGCGGACGCACUACUCGAAACGCGCAGAUAUCCGGAUCCCCAACCUUCAAGUAUCCUGCGUCAACUCUGAGGCAGCCGCCAGACAAAGAUCGAGGCUUCCACAUAAUCUACAAGCCGACGCUCUUCUGAAGGCGACCAUUCAUGUGGCCAUCGUGGGCCGCAAGUUCAAUUUCUCUGAAGAGCGUAAAUUGCAGCAGGAGCUGGUCCGAAGAGAGGAUCAACGGACACACAGGACUGAUUUUCUUCUUCUGCCGGGUCUCCUUGACGAGCUGGUCCCAGAUCCCAUCGAUGCGCCAGCGACAGCUCCUCCCGUCGUUCCCGAUCCCGCGGUGAUGGAACAUGAUGAUGAGCAGUCGAGCUCUCGAGCGUCCACGAUUCCGUCAAACAAUUCCCGGAGCCUUCGCCACAAAAGCUCGUUCUUGUCCAUAUCCACAGCAACCAGCAACGACAGCAAUGUUUCCACAGACAAGACGCGGCUGUUGGCGGGAUAUCCCAAGUCAAACCACUCCUUCCGAGAUAGUAGAGCCAUGACCCCUUCUGGAUCAAUCGGCAGAUCACGAAGGGACCUCUCAGCAUCUACUGGCCGUCAGCCGUCAGUGUAUGGCAUGUUAGGCGAGAGUCAUGGUCGAGAUCAACACUCAUCCAUGGCUUUUUCCAGCCAGUUCCAUCCUCCUCACUUCCCUCUUGAGCAUGCUCAACCAGGGACAAGCGGAUUGGCAGCUCCCAGUCUUGACCUGAGAGACCUCGACGCAGAUGGCGACGCAACAACAUUCGGCCUCGAUGAUGUUGAUACUGAUGUUCUCAGUGACGACAACGCUUAUUCGAGUACAAUUAUCGAACUACCUUCAGGUAUCACGGCGUGCUUGAACCCAGUAUCAGUGCGCUACGUCUCAGGGCUGAUUGCAGCUUUACAGCCGACGGACCCAGAGGACAUUUUGGACUCUCUUCAGAUGAAUGCUGUUACAAAUUUGGUCGACGAACAGAAACAGGCCAAGGUCAAAAGUCACAUCAAAGAUGUACUACUUAAAAUUCCGCGAGCAAGCAUUCGCUUCCUCAAUGCAGAAAAUGAUAACCCUGAAGCGGCUCAAAAUGCCUGUGAUCAGUACGACAUCACCUUUUCGCAACUUGCUUUAACAUCACGAUCAGCAUCGAAAACAGCGCAGUCUCUUGAUAAAGGACGAUCAACAGCAGCGCAGACAAAGACGUCCCUCAUGCUGAGACUCGGCUCUGCCGAAGCUUCAGUUGCGGAGCGCUCGCCUGGACUUGCCGAGAAUCAAGCCGCGGUCAUGGCAGAAGUUGAUCGCGUGGUGCUCUCCGUCGGGUCCAAAGAUGUCACGUACAUCGACGGAGAAAUUGAUGCUAUCAGAAGCAGUACAGCGUCUGGAAAAGUCGACUACCUCGCGUCGCUUGUCCACCGGACCGGUUUAGUGGCUUCCGAAUUGGGUGCAUUACUGAGCGAAACGGUAGCUCACCAUGAACGGCGGAUGAAGCUCUUGAUACACACAUUAGUGACGGAGGGGCAGACAGCGCCUGAUCCGACGUUCCUUGUCCGCCCAUCAGCUGUUUUGCGGUCCGCGGCUGGCCAUCUACGGACUGCUGAUGCGUGGAAGUUAGCCGUUCGACUGCGUCAGAUAUACGUCUGGCUCCCUGCCACAGUCCGGGACCGUCUGCUUUAUAACUCUUUAAGCAGUACCAUCACUGUACCGCCGCAUGCGAGGGAGCAGGUGAUUAGCUCUUUUCAACGCUGGCGUGGGUGGGAUUUGGACAAUAUUUCUGGCUCUCAGCUCAUCGCCAGCGUUUUCGGAGGAGCUCCUGACCAUGGAAACACUCCACAGCCAAUGAUUCCCUUGCUGGUUGCUUUCCGGCUCAGAGAAGUCCAAUUGAUUCUAGAUCCUGGUCCGAAACAAAACAGGCUGUUCCUAUCAGAUCUGACUGCGAGACUUGAGAAGAAGCCAAAAGACACAGCCCGCAAGACGACUGAACCCGAAGACAUGCCUGUCCUCAAUAUCAACUGCAACGAUGCGGCAAUCAACCUCAACUGGGAACUAUGCGAGCUCGCGGAUGUUUUACUCCGGCUGUACAACGGAUCUAGGCGGCGAGACAGUCCUGCAAGUCAAACUUCCACGGAAGCAGCACCGGACCGCACGAGUGACGUGCAGGCUCGUCCACCGAUGCAUGUUGUCAUGGCUCUCUCGAGGGGGUCAGUCGAAGUUGAUACGAUCAACCUGAGUGCAAAAAUCUUGGGAAACAAUCUCAAGGCGUCUUUGCUCACCCAUUCGCUCGAAGAUGAAAGCACCUCGCUGAAUUUCAUACUGAGCUGUGACGCUGUCACCUCCAGGCUCCACCACCGCUCCCAACUGCUGGGCAUGUUCCAGCUACGCAACCCGAGUGUCUUCAUCUCCCACGAAUUGCAAGAGCUUGACGUCGUGUCCUGUCACACAAUUAAGUCAACAGCAAGCAGCCAGUCCCUCACCCUUGUGGUGCGGCAAGACCCAAUAGUGCUCCUCGAAGUCGUCGAUGUUUUGGUCAAAGAUGAGCUUGCCCAGCUUUACCAGUUGAAAGAGCAGCUUCCAUCUAGCCCGCCGACACACAGCGAUGACCACAGCAUUGCGGAAAGGAUGUCAUCCUUCAGAGUCAAUGUGGCAAUGUUCCUUGAUGAGUAUGACAUCAGCGUGCCACUACUCCAGUCCCUCACGUAUAAUUUGUCAGGAGUCGUCUCUCGGGCUGCUGUAGCGGCGAAUUUCGGUAAGGAGCUCAUUUUUGACUUUGACAUCAAGGAAAAUCAACACGACUUCCGAGUCAAUGUCAACAAUCAGCCGCGAAGCAUCUCUCUUCUUCGUAUUCCGCCAACAAACGGCCGAAUCAAGAGUCGCAUGGGUCCAACCGAGCAUUCUGUGACCGUGUUCGCCUCCGUUGAGCUGAUACAGCUCGAUGCAUCUGCCGUCUAUAGCCUUCUCGGUGCCCUCAACCGUCCUCAAAUAUCCAAUACCCUGAAUGAGGCGCAAGAGCAAAUCAAGUCCAUACAGGAGCACGCGACGGAUAUUUUCGGGCGAGAAAAGCUUGUGAAAGAACCCCAAGUCUCAUCACCUCCAACUCAAAAGCAAAAACUGGUCUACACGGUUCAUGCAACCUUGGCGGGUCUCGAAAUCUUCGGCAAUACGCCUCUCAAGUCAGGAGAACAUGAUCUAGCAUACCUAUGCUUCAGUCUUGACAGAAUGCACUUGGAAGUGGCCAACAGACAUGAUGCACACCGUCCGAUUCUUGCGCAACCGGAACUCCACGUCAAUCUACGGUCAAUCAUGUUUGACAUCCAAAAGGGUAGCGAGGGCGCAAUGAGAUCCUGCGGUAGCAUCACAUUUGGGGCUCUCAUAUCGGCAAGCACACGUCAUACUGAUGCCGGCGAGGAGGAAAGAUCAUUCAACUUCAAAAGCGAUGGACUGGACAUUCAACUGUCACCAGAGACAAUCUCGACAGUAAUGGAGAUUCUUGGUUACAUGGGCGGCAAGAUCAAAGACCUGGACACCUCACGCGAACUCGAGUACCUACGCAAGAUUCGACAGCCUAAACCGCGCAUUGCUCUCAACGACGAGGAACAGGCUGAGCCCCCUGACCUGAUCGACUCUUUCCUGUCAUCGCUGGUCUACCAGUUCGAGAUUCAGGACACCCAAAUCAGCUGGUUCGUCGGCGACGCCGUAGAGAUGCCUUCCCUCGAUAAAGAGGAUCUUAUUCUUUCAAUCAAGCUCAUCAGUUUUGGCACGCGCCAAGCCAACUCGGCACGCCUCACUAUCGAAGACUUUCAACUUCAGAUGGUCCCGCCUGGCCAGGACCCACGGAUGCGCUCUCGACACUCUGCACUUCUUCCUGAAGUAGUCUUCAACAUUGCCUAUGUUUCCACUCCUACUGCGAGGCGUCUGGCAUGUCAAGCGGUUGGCAAGUCCCUUGAUUUGCGCCUCACAUCUGGUUUCAUCAUUCCGGUGGCCAACUUGAAAGAUUCGAUAACCUUGUCCAUCAGCAACGUGCAAAAGGCAUCUGAGGACUGGAUCAUGAGCACAACUCAUACCAAGCCCGACGGGGAAAAGCGAGGAGCCCCGCGAAUCGAAACCCCCACACUGCGGCCGGCUGGCAUUCUUGGCAAAAAAGGAUUCGAAUCUCUGCUCGUCGAUGCUGACUUUGCCGGUGCCGUCGUCCACGUUUCGGGCAAGAAGGCAACGGGGGGGAACCGAACCUCAAGAAUCCUACGCCAGUCUGCGGCGGGCGGAAAAUACGGACAAUUCAACCCUGACGAAUCGGGAAGCAGUACUGUUCUUCGAAGCCCUGGCGUGGCUUGCAAAAUCGAAUACAGAGACAACGACCAAGAAGAUCCCGCACUCUACGGAGAGAUCAAGGUCGAUGCGUCGAGCAACACCCUGUACCCUUCCGUCGUGCCCCUCAUCAUGGAGAUUAUGUCGAGUGUGAAAGAAGUUGUCGGGGACGACACGAGUCCAAGCGCGCAGACGUCACUACCCCAGCUGAAAGCAGAGGUCAGCAACGAGGAUAACAUUCUGACAGCCGACCCCAAUGCUGUUCUGGGUCGUCUGAAGUUGAAUCUUGGCCUUCGCAUCUGUCGUCAAGAAUUUUCACUCAGUUGUCAGCCUAUCGCCCGCGUGGCCGCCACCGCUUGCUUCGAUGACAUCUACUUCACCGCAAAUACAGUACGAUCUGUGGAGCAAGGCAACUUUUUCGCCAUAUCCGGCGCCUUCACCAACCUGACAGUGUCCGUCCAACAUGUUUAUUCCAGAGAGUCGACAGCUAGCUUUGAGGUUGAGUCCAUCGUGCUCUCCUUUAUGAACAGCAAGCAUGUCAGCGGCACGAGCGGAGUUUCCGCCAUUCUCAAGGUUAGCCCGAUGAACAUGUCGAUCAACGCCAAGCAGCUUCAGGACUUUUUACUCUUCCGCGAGAUCUGGUACCCCAAGGAGCUCCGCCAGGGAUCCGCUGCGCCAGUGGCCAAGCUGACUACCGAGACAUCUCAGGGACACCUUGUCCAGCGCUACCAGCAGGUAGCCGCAACAGCCGCCUUCCCAUGGACGGCCACGAUAUCCAUCACGUCACUGGACGUCAGUGUCGACCUUGGUCAGGCAAUAGGAAAGUCUGCCUUCAAGAUCAACAACUUCUGGGUGUCCUCGAAGAAGACGUCAGACUGGGAGCAAAACCUCUGUCUCGGGAUCGACAAGGUAGGAAUCGACUGCACUGGCAGGCUCAGCGGCUUCGUUGAACUGCAGAACUUCAAGCUCCGCACUUCGAUCCAGUGGCCUGAGCGUGAGGCAGCGCUCAAUGAGACCCCCAUGAUCCAGGCUUCCAUCGGCUUCAGUCAAUUCCGUGUCAAGGCUGCCUUUGACUACCAGGCGUUCCUGGUUGCGGACAUUACUUCACUUGAGUUUUUGAUGUACAAUGUGCGUCGCAGUCUUGAAGGGAGCGGCGACCGACUCGUGGCCAUCUUCGAUGGCGAUGCGGUGCAGAUCUUUGGCACGACCAACUCGGCGGCGCAGGGGCUGUCGCUCUACCAAGCUGUACAAAAGCUGAUCCAGGAGCGGCGGGCCAAUUUUGAGACAUCUCUGAAGGAGAUUGAAAAGUUCAUGAGGCGCCGGUCUCGCGGCAAUAGCAGCACGACGAUAUCAUCUCCUCAGACCUCGGCGCCGCCCAAAUUGCCAGUCGACGACACUCUGGCAAAGUCGCCCAUCUCCUUGGACACGGACGUGGUCGUGACAUUGAAGGCGCUGAACCUAGGCAUCUUCCCGAAUACGUUCUCGGAUCAUCAGGUCUUCAAGAUCGAGGCACUUGACGCACACGCAAGAUUCGCGGCGAGCAUGGAGCAGAGAAGGAUCCACAGCAUCCUCGACCUGACGUUGGGCCAGCUCCGGAUAGGACUCGCUGGGGUGCGCAACAGUGAAGCGCCGAAGACGUUGAGUGAGAUUACGGUAGAGGACGUGGUUGCCCGGGCCACUGGAUCGCGCGGCGGAACCAUUCUGAAGGUGCCCAAGCUGGAGGCCAUUAUGCAGACGUGGCAGCGGCCAGACGGGAACCGUAUCGAAUACACGUUCAAGAGUGCGUUUGGGGGCAAGGUGGAGGUGGGUUGGAACUACUCGCGCAUCAGCUACAUCAGGGGCAUGUGGGCAAAACAUGCAAAGUCGCUGGAGCAGACGUGGGGCAAGGAGCUGCCGCUGCCACUGGCGGCGAUCAAGGUGACGGGCGUGCCGGAGGCAGCGGACUCGGAGGACGGCGGACAGGCGAUGGGCGGGUCUCCGCGAUCGUCGCUGUCGGCGCAGCAGCAGCAGCAACAGCAGAAGAUCACGGCCGAGGUCAACGUGCCGCAGUCCAAGUACGACUACGUGGCGCUGGAGCCGGCCAUCAUCGAGACGCCGCAGCUCCGGGACAUGGGCGAGGCGACGCCGCCGCUGGAGUGGAUUGGGCUGCACAGGGAUCGCAUGCCGAACCUGACACAUCAGAUCGUCAUUGUUUCGCUGUUGGAGCUGGCGGGCGAGGUGGAGGAUGCAUACGGCAGGAUUAUGGGGUCAUCAUGA